CCGCCAGUGAUCCCACUUACUACCAACUUUCCAGUCAUUCAAAUCCUUCAAACGCGUAUCACUUUUACACCCCCCACCCCACCACCAUUGACCCCUAAAUCCAAUUCACUUCAUUCUAGGGUUCAUCAACACUCCCAAUUUCAAUCAUCUACACAUUCAUCAUCUAUAAUUCCAUAUCUAACCUCAAAAUCUCACCACCACAAACCCUAGCUUCAUCCAAUCAAUGUAUCACUAACUGUUAAUUUGUUAAUUGUUUGUUUUUAAUUGUUAUCAAUGGCGGCUCCGAGGAGUUUGGUGGUGGAUACUGGAAGGUUGAUGAAGGAUGAAGAGACUGCUGCUGCUGAAGAUUCACCUACCAGUAAGAAGCCUGCAGGUGCUAAACUGGACGGGAGGUAUCCGCUAACAGGAUGGGAGUUUACGGUUGCUUUGAGUGUGUUUUUGGUUUUUACUGUUGGAUUGUUUUGCAUUUAUCUUACUAUGCCUGCAGCUGAGUAUGGAAAGCUUAAGGUGCCUCGGUCGAUUUCGGAUUUGAGAUUGCUUAAAGACGAUCUCGGAACAUAUGCAAGCAUCUACCCAACAAAGUUCAUUCUUGGUUACUGCUCAACUUACAUAUUCAUGCAAACAUUUAUGAUUCCCGGAACCAUUUUCAUGUCGUUGCUCGCUGGAGCUCUUUUCGGUGUAAAAGGUAUCUUCUUGGUCGUCUUCAAUGCCACAGCCGGUGCAUCAUGUUGCUUUUUUCUGUCAAAGUUGAUCGGAAGGCCCAUUGUUUUGUGGCUGUGGCCAGAAAAGUUGAAACUAUUUCAAGCAGAGAUAGCAAAGCGCGGUGACAAACUGCUGAAUUAUAUGCUCUUUUUGAGGAUAACUCCAACACUACCAAAUCUUUUCAUUAAUUUGGCAUCUCCAAUUGUGGACAUACCAUUUCAUGUGUUCUUUUUGGCUACUGUCGUUGGCCUCAUUCCGGCCUCUUAUAUAACUGUGAGAGCUGGGCUUGCUCUUGGAGAACUUAACUCGAUUAAAGAUCUAUACGAUUUGAAGACGUUAACUGUACUUUUCCUCAUUGGAUCCAUCUCCAUAUUACCAACAGUGCUGAAGAGAAAACGGGUAUAUGAAUAAGCAACUAUAGAUUAAAAAACAAGCUGUUGUUCCUCUGUAUGUUCUCGUUUUAUAUAAACGAAACUUUUACGACAUUGCUGUUGAGUACCAAACAGUGUAUAUGGGUAGACAUGGGUAUACAAAUUACUAAAUUAUCAUA